GAGGACGUCCACUGCAGACCGACCCACCGAGUAACAGUCUCAUUUUACGCGUCUUGACUCGCGGCAUUAUCCAGGAACGUUGCGCAAGUGAAAUUGAUCUCCAGCCAGGCGCCAGCACAUCUGCCCCGGGCUGCAGGCCGGACUCAAGGAGGGAAGGAAGCAGAAGAGGAGGCCGAGUACAACAUCUCUGCUCGCCUGGAGUUUUGGAGGGAACAAAAUGUCUAAACCUGAUUAUUCCGGCACGUUUCAUAUGGUGGAGCAGGACAACAUGGACUCCUACCUCGCAGCUUUAGAUAUUAAUUUUGCCCUGAGGAAGAUCGUGUGUUUGUUGAAGCCCAGCAAGGAGAUCGUCCAUGACCCGGCCACAGGGGCCAUGAAGAUCCGCACUCUCACCACCUUCAAGAACUUCAACAUGGAUUUCACUAUCGGAAAAGAAUUCACCGAAGACUUGGGACCCGUGGACGGUCGUACUUGUCAGACCACAGUGAGUUGGGAAGGAGACAACCUGCUUUGUCAACAGCAAGGAGAGAAGGAAGGACGAGGCUGGACACACUGGCUGGAGGGGGAUAAGCUGCACUUGGAGAUGAGAGUUGAAGGCGUCGUUGCAAAGCAAGUCUUCAAGAAGGCCGUUUGAAGAAGCCGCACAUGUGUUUUAGUGGACUCAUACGUAAUUAAAUGUAGUUAAGGAUAAGGUACAAGUCUGAAUAAUGUUUAUCGUUUUUAAUUUUUAUUCUAAUCAACUCUAUUUUGAAAUGUCAAAAUAUGACUGAACAUCUUUGAAAAUACUUAAAUGUACGUGUACAUCUUAAUCGUCUGGUGGUACUAACUGAAAAAAAGAACGACUUGUGUAAACAUCCCAACCGACUUCCUCGUAUUGCACUACCGAUCUUAUAUGUUAUAAACUAAUCAUACAUCCGUCA